GAACUGAGCCACCUGCCCGUGUGCGACUUCCGUACUCUCAGCUCCACUGUCUUCUGAUGGCAUUUUGACUGCAUCGAGACCAAGUGACCCACUGCUCAUGAUGAGUGACGAGAAGAACCUUGGGGUGUCCCAAAAACUGGUCUCACCUUCAAGGAGCAUAAGUAGCUGCUCCUCCAAGCAAGGAAGUCGACAGGACAGCUGGGAAGUGGUGGAAGGGCUGAGAGGAGAGAUGAGUUACACCCAAGAGCCUCCCAUUCAGGAAGGAUUUUUGCUGAAAAAGAGGAAAUGGCCCUUAAAAGGCUGGCACAAGAGAUUUUUCUAUCUGGACAAAGGAAUCUUGAAAUAUGCCAAGAGCCAAACCGAUAUCGAGAGAGAGAAGCUGCACGGCUGCAUUGAUGUUGGGCUCUCGGUGAUGUCCGUAAAGAAGUCAUCAAAAUGCAUAGAUCUGGAUACCGAGGAGCACAUCUACCAUCUGAAGGUCAAGUCAGAAGAAGUCUUUGAUGAGUGGGUAUCCAAACUCCGCCACCACAGAAUGUAUCGUCAGAAUGAAAUCGCCAUGUUUCCACACGAGGUUAACCACUAUUUCCCAGGAUCCACUGUCACAGACUCCACAUCUGGGGUCUUGGACUCCCUUUCAAGUAGGAAGCGUAGCAGUAUAUCAAAGCAGAGCUCGAUUCAAACUGGAAGCAAUUUAUCAUUUUCUUGUGCUGGUGAGACACGAGUUCCAUUAUGGUUACAAUCUUCAGAGGACAUGGAGAAAUGCUCGAAAGACUUGGCACACUGUCAUGCCUACCUGGUGGAAAUGAGCCAUCUCCUCCAAAGUAUGGAUGUCCUGCAUCGGACAUAUUCGGCGCCUGCAAUCAACGCCAUCCAGGGUGGAGCUUUUGAAAGUCCCAAAAAGGAAAAAAGAUCACACAGGAGGUGGCGGUCCAGAGCUAUUGGCAAAGAUGCUAAAGGAACGCUGCAGGUCCCUAAACCUUUCUCUGGCCCAAUAAGACUGCAUUCCUCCAAUCCUAAUUUGUCAACGUUAGAUUUUGGAGAAGAGAAAAAUUACUCUGAUGGCUCUGAAACCUCGUCGGAGUUUUCUAAAAUGCAAGAAGACCUGUGUCAUAUUGCCCAUAAAGUUUACUUCACUUUAAGGUCAGCUUUUAAUACCAUAUCAACAGAGCGAGAGAAGCUGAAGCAGCUGAUGGAACAGGAUGUCUCCUCCUCCCCCUCUGCCCAGGUCAUCGGCCUGAAACACGCCCUGUCAUCCGCCCUAGCACAAAACACAGACCUUAAAGAACGCUUAUGCAGAAUCCAUGCUGAGUCUCUGCUCCUCGAUUCCCCCGCUGCUGCCAAGUCGGGUGACAGUCUGGCAGAGGAAAACUCCAGAGAUGACAGCCGAGCUCUGGUCCAUCAGCUUUCCAAUGAGAGUAGACUCUCCAUCACUGACUCCCUUUCGGAGUUUUUUGAUGCACAGGAAGUUCUGUUAUCUCCAAGCUCUUCAGAAAAUGAGAUUUCUGAAGAUGACUCCUAUGUCAGUGACAUAAGUGAUAACCUUUCCUUAGACAAUCUCAGUAAUGACUUAGAUAAUGAGAGACAGACCUUGGGGCCUUUGCUCGAAAGUGGUGCGGAAGCCAAGUCCAAACGAAGAACUUGCUUGCCGGCUCCGUGUCCCAGCGCCAGGACGAUCAGCUUGUGGAACAUCCUGCGGAAUAACAUCGGGAAGGAUCUGUCCAAAGUGGCCAUGCCGGUGGAGCUGAACGAGCCCCUGAACACACUGCAGCGGCUCUGUGAGGAGCUGGAGUACAGCGAGCUUCUGGACAAGGCCGCACAGAUCCCCAGCGCCUUGGAAAGGAUGGUGUACGUGGCAGCUUUUGCCGUAUCGGCAUAUGCAUCUAGCUACUUCCGAGCUGGGAGCAAGCCCUUUAAUCCUCUUCUUGGAGAGACAUAUGAGUGUAUCCGUGAGGACAAAGGCUUCCGGUUCUUUUCAGAACAGGUCAGCCACCAUCCACCUAUCUCUGCUUGUCACGCUGAGUCUGGAAAUUUUGUUUUCUGGCAAGAUGUGAGGUGGAAAAACAAAUUCUGGGGCAAAUCCAUGGAAAUUGUUCCCAUUGGCACAACCCAUGUGACUCUGCCAGCCUUCGGAGAUCAUUUUGAGUGGAACAAAGUGACCUCUUGCAUCCAUAACAUCUUAAGUGGGCAGAGAUGGAUUGAGCACUACGGAGAGAUUGUCAUCAAGAACCUGAAUGAUGACUCCUGCCACUGCAAAGUGAAUUUUAUAAAGGCGAAAUACUGGAGCACUAAUGCCCGUGAGAUUGAAGGUACAGUAUUUGACAAGAAUGGAAAAGCGGUGCAUCGGCUCUUUGGGAAAUGGCAUGAAAGCAUCUACUGCGGUGGCUCCUCUUCGUCCGCUUGUGUCUGGAGAGCGAAUCCCAUGCCAAAGGGCUAUGAGCAAUAUUAUGGCUUCACACAGUUUGCCCUGGAAUUAAAUGAAAUGGACCCAUUGUCAAAGUCUUUAUUACCACCUACUGACACUCGAUUUAGACCAGACCAAAGGUUCCUCGAAGAAGGGAACAUAGAAGAGGCUGAAAUACAAAAGCAGAGGAUCGAACAGCUGCAGAGAGAAAGGCGGCGGGUCUUAGAAGAAAACUGCGUGGAGCACCAGCCCCGGUUUUUCAGGAAAUCCAACGAUGACUCCUGGGUGAGCAACGGCACCUAUUUGGAACUUAGAAAAGAUCUUGGUUUUUCCAAACUGGACCAUCCUGUCUUAUGGUGAAAAAGGAAAGAAGAAUGAUACACCCUUCUACUUCUCCUGUGUUUGCUUUCCGAAGUCACACACCUGUGUCUGUGUAUUUAAAAGAAAUUACUUAGAAUGAUCGCCUGUGCUUAGCUUAGCAUUGUAAGUAUUUAAGUAUGUAUUUUCUUCAGUAGGUUUCUUUACAAUUUCAAAUGUUAUCACGAUUGUUUAUAUGAACGUAGAACACCUUGAUAUUUCAUUUUAUAUAUAAACUAUUUAAUAAAAAUGAAAGAUUGAAUGUUAACGUGUGGGUUAAAAAAGAAGCUUUAACACUAAUUUUCCAAAGGU